AUGACCACCUCCUUGGUCCUGAAUCCUCGCUGGGCGGACACGGUUAUGUUUGUGUAUGAAAACAACUUGGAUGAGUUAAACAAGAACAUGGAGGGUCUGGUUGGUAGCGGCAAUUUCGCGGCCAACCAAUGCAGGAAUCUGAUGGCCCACUCCGCUCUGGGGGGUCACCCCUCUAGCUUGGUGCACAGCUCCGGCUACUCCGCGUUGGAUGUAUCGGGCUCAAGCUCCGGGGAACCAGGCAAACAGUGCACACCAUGCCCCGCGGUCCCUCAAGGCUCCUCCACAGGUCCCUUACCCUAUGGGUACUUUGGCAACGGCUAUUAUCCCUGCAGAAUGGGGCGGGGUUCGCUCAAGUCCUGCACCCAGCCCAGUGCGCUCAGCUACUCUGCGGAAAAAUACAUGGACACCCCGGUCACGUCUGAAGAAUACCCGAGCCGGGCUAAAGAAUUCGCGUUUUACCACGGGUACCCAAGCCCCUACCAGUCCAUGGCGAGCUACCUGGACGUGUCGGUGGUGCAGACUCUCGGGUCAGGAGAGCCCCGUCACGACACGCUGCUUCCAAUGGACAGCUAUCAGCCGUGGGCACUGACGAAUGGCUGGGGCGGCCAGAUGUACUGCUCAAAGGAGCAGAGUCAAGCCGGACACCUUUGGAAAUCUGCAUUGGCAGAUGUAGUGGCCCACCAACACGAUGGCAACUCCUUUCGUCGUGGUAGAAAGAAAAGAAUACCGUACACCAAGAUGCAGCUAAAGGAACUGGAAAAAGAGUAUGCCGCCAACAAAUUCAUCACGAAAGAUAAGAGGAGAAAGAUUUCAACAGGAACCAACUUGUCGGAAAGGCAGAUUACGAUCUGGUUUCAAAACAGGAGAGUUAAAGAGAAGAAGUUCGUGGCCAAAGUCAAGACCAGUGCGCCGUAGCCAGCCAGGCUUGAGCUAGACGA